AUGAAGGAUCCCUUCUUCAUCCCGCCAAUACCAUGGCUGUCCGAGCUGGUGCAGCCGUUCAGUGACCGAUACAACCUCCCUUCGCUGCCACUGCACAUCCACGAAGUGCUUCUGUCUGCCAUAUUCUAUUCACUCAUUUUCUGGCCCAUUUCGCCGAUUCUGUCAAGAAUAAUAGCACCUCAACACUAUUCCAAGUUAUCUCGCAAACGACGACUUAACUGGGAUGCUCACGUGGUGUCUUUUAUCCAAAGCACCUUGAUCAACAUCAUUGCCCUCUGGGUCAUGGUAGUAGAUCAAGAGAGAGGCAAUAUGGAUCAGGAAGAGAGAGUAUGGGGAUAUACCGGUGCUUUAGGUAUGGUCCAGGCUUUGGCGGCUGGCUAUUUUGUAUGGGAUCUGUUUGUGACCAGCUUGAACCUGGAUGUGUUUGGGCUCGGAACUCUUGCGCACGCGAUCGCAGCUCUGCUGGUCUACACUCUUGGAUUUCGUCCCUUUGUCAACUACUACGGACCUACCUUCAUCUUAUGGGAGCUUUCCACGCCCUUCCUCAACAUUCAUUGGUUUUUUGACAAGGUCAACAUGACUGGAUCCCGCGCUCAGCUGUACAACGGCAUUCUUCUGCUCUUCAGCUUCUUCUCUUGCCGACUCAUCUAUGGCACCUUUCAAUCGUUUUGCGCGUUUUCUCAAUCGCCCGUCAUGAUUUAUGCGACGUCAGAGACCACUGUCCCCUCUUGGCUUGCAACGUCAUAUCUCGUGUCAAAUCUCACUCUCAACUUUCUCAACUUUUACUGGUUUAUUAUGAUGAUCUCGGCUGUUCUUAAACGAUUCCAGCCCAACGAGAAGCACGAGACGGCUACAGAAGCUGAAGUGGACUUGUCUUCGGUUGUCUCUGGAAUCUCUAGGGGCCCAGAGCCGCAGCGUCGGAAGCAGGAGAAGUCUUGA